AUGCCCAAUAUCUCCACUACUCACUCAAACUUAGAUCAUGCUCCUGCUCAAAUGGUUGGUGGUAUGAGAGUCAAACAAGCUGCUCAUCGUACUAGUCACGCUAAUGACAAGAAAGAAGACGCCACUUCAAAUAAGGAGGAUAAUGAAAAGAAGGACGAAGAAGAGAAAGAACGUAUUCGUCAAUACGACCUUCAUGCCCAUACUGCCUCUCGUCAACCAGAUGUUUCCAAAAAUGCUGGCUCCAACGUCAAGCAACAUAUCCAUCCCGUCCAACCCAGAUCCGUAAACCAUUAA